CCCCGUUACCACCGAUUCAACCGUCUCGAGCUCCUGCUCCGGUCAGUUACUACAAAAUGGCUGCAGAGGCUUCGCCGCCGCUGAGAUCCUACUGAACGCUUCAUGCUGUGAGAAGAAGCAAAACACACGAGAAGAGAACCGUUUGAUGGAAGAUAAGAAAAAGAAAAAGCAAGAAGAGAAGAAAAAGAAAGAAGCCGCUCAGAAAAAGGCCACAGAACAGAUAACCAAAGUGCCAGACUCUGCCAAGCUCGACCCCACCCCUCCUCUUCCCCCCAUCAACCCCAGUGCCGUCCCGUCUGUACCCCCAAGCAGUGGCGAUGGCAAGCGCACCCCCUCCGGAGGUCAGCCGCAGACAGCACAGCAGCCCCAGACUCUGCUCCAGCAGCGCUACCCGCCCAGAGAGGUGCCCCCUCGCUUCCGCCAGCAGGAGCACAAGCAGCUUUUGAAGAGGGGCCAGCCUCUGCCCUCUGGGACCCUGCUUCUCGCCACCACAGGACGUCACUGCACUACUGAACCUGCAGCAGCAGUAGCUGUACACUCCUCUCCCUCCUGCUCCUCUUCCUCCACAGCCAGCCUGCCUACAGAACUGCCCCAAGAGAGCGGCCAGGGAGCCCAGUAUGAUAAUCCCCUCUGGGGACACCUGCCAGCCAAAAGGAGUGCCACAAGUGCUGCAUCUUCCAACAGUCUCAGUGGUUGGGAUCAACUGAUCAUUGACCAGAAGGACACAGAGGCUUGGCCUUCUAUUACCCACAGCCAGAGCCAGGCCCCUCCAGGAGGAUGCCCUUUGGAUACUGACCCUGGUCGCUUGACCAGCAGCAGCAGCAGCAGCAGCAGCAGCAGUACUAGUAGUAGUUGCAGUACAGUGAGUAUGGCCACAGGGGCCAAUAGCCAGACAGGACACUUUCCUGCCAACCACCUUAGCACCAAGGCCAACAGUGGGCCCAGCCCUGCCAAUCAUACUGGAACCAGCAUGCUCUCUAGCCAGGUUGCAGCCAAUCGCAGCUGGGGCUCUGGGCCUGGACCCUCCCAUUGCCCCCCUCAGUCCUCAGUGGGGAAUGAAGGCAAGAGUGACAGUCAAUUGGGGGGAGCAGGCAACAGGGGCUGGGGCUCUUCUUCAUCAUCCUCCACCACCAACUUUAACUUGAACCUAAACCCUAAUGCCAACCCAUCUGCCUGGCCCAUGUUGGGGCAUGAUGGGGGUGGCACAGGGGGAGGCAGCUCAGGGGGAGCCAACACCAUUUCACCUCCUCAACCUACACCCAACCUCUGUAAUCCACCUGGCCCCCCACCAGCCCAGACCAGCACCUGUACCGGAGCCAACACUAACAGCAACUCCUCGGGGAUUGGCAGCGCCUGGGGUAGUAUAAUGGCCUCUGACACGUCAGAGCCACACCCCUCCCCGUCCACGAAUGUGUCUUUCAGUUCAGAACCUCAGAACCUUAAAACUGAUGGACCAAAUCACACUAAUAAGCAGGAACCUCCCAGCCCCAUCCGCAGCUUGCCUGGCUGGGGUACUGCACCUGUAGGCUUGAGUUCCAUGAGCCAGGCCCCACCAGGGGGUCCACAGGUCAAUGGAGAAGAUGGUAGCUCAGUAUGGGGUAACAGUGGCGACUCUAAGGCACCUUCAUCUAAGGAGACACCUGGCUGGGACUCUGGCUGGAGCCAUGGAGGAGGUGGAGCAGGAAAAUCUGGAGGCUGGGGUGAACAGUCUGGUGGAGAAUGGGGGAAGCAGCACACUGAAGAGGCCCAGGGGGGCUGGGAUGCCCCCAGUUCCCCACCCCAGGAUCCACAGGCUAGUCCUUGGAGCAGAGCUGUGAGCACGACUGGUGCCAGUGAAGGGAGCAGUGACAGCAUGGAAGGACAUCCCCAGCGCAGAGACCGCUCAUCCAGAGAUAAUCCAGCUCCUCUGCUGCCUGCACAGGAUCUGGACCCCAGGGUGCUGUGUAAUACUGGCUGGGGACAGACCCCUGUUCGCCAGCACACCUCCUGGGAUAUGGACGAUACUAAACGCAAAAAUGAUGUAGGCACUGAAUCAUGGGGCUCUGGCCCAACCACUCCAAGCGAUGCUCAAGGGCCUUCCAACACUAACAUGGGCCCGACUCAGAGGACUGACUCUGGGAGCAAAAAUGAUGUGCCUGGUUCUCAGGGAGCUUCAGGUUGGGGUGGAAGCAUAGCUGCUACCAGCCAGCCCAGCUCUGGUUGGGGAGAGCCACCCAGCAACAUUAAGCCCCCAGGUGGCCCUGGUGGCUGGGGGAACACCCCAACAGGAGGCCCCACGACCAGUGUCCCCAAGAGUGGUGGUCAGUCCUGGGGGGAGGAGAAGUCAAGUGGGUGGGAUGAUUCUCACAUCAAGGCAACCCAGGGCUGGGGAGAGCAACCCAAAGCAUCCCACAGCUGGGGCAAUAGUGGAGGGAGCAAUAAUGCAGGGGACUGGGGUGAACCAGAAGAGAGCAAAAAGAGUCCCACUAACCCUGCCUGGGACGGAGAAGCAGGGGGAGGCUGGAAGGAAAACCCACGAGGGUGGGGAAUGCCUGCUUCAGGACCGGGGAUAUCUGGAGCUGGAGGAAAUGGUGGCUGGGGAGAGCCAGUUUCCCAGCGUCCUGGUGGCCCUCCUCAAGGUUGGGGCAGCAAGCCUCAGGAUGGGCCCGGUGGUAGUAGUGGAGGAGGGGCCAUAGGCUCUUGGAGUGGGUCGGGCCCAGUGAAGCAAGGCGGAGGCUGGAGUGGCAGUAAGCAGGAGUCCUCAGCUGAACCUACGGGCUGGGAAGAACCCUCCCCACCUUCAGUCCGACGCAAGAUGGAAAUUGAUGAUGGGACCUCAGCUUGGGGGGACCCUGGUGCCUACAACAAGGCAGUCAACCUGUGGGACAGGAACAAUCCAGGAAUGUCCCAGGCUAAAGUUACCACUGGAGGCAAUAAUCCCCCAGGCCCCAACAACAACCAUCCCCACUCACACAAUCACCCCUAUCAUGGGACGCCAGCACCUUUACAGAACCACAGCCAAAACUCCCAAAACUCAGGGCCCAACAGUGGGCCCAUGGAUCCUGUUGUGCAGCAUCAGUCCGGGCCAUCUCACAACAGGGGUCCCCUGAUCACUCAAGGUUGGGGAGAGCUACCCAGCUCCCACGCAAAAUCAGAGAGCUCCUGGGGGGAACCUGCACCCUCUCCGGUCAGCGUGGACAAUGGGACGUCUGCCUGGGGCAAACCCAGUGGGAGCUGUGGAGGUUGGGGAGACAGUAACCCAGAUAGCUAUGGCAGGGGCAACCAAACGAUGACGUCUGCAUCUUGCAAACCUGCCCCCAAACCUAUGCAAGACGGAUGGGGAGGUGGAGGUGAGGAGCUGAGCCUGUCGGGGGGCCAGUGGGAUGCUGAGGAGGGAGACAUGUGGAACAGCGCUGCCUCCCAGGAGAGCAACUCCUCCUGUAACUCUUGGGGCAAUGCAUCCAAAAAGGGCCCACAGAAGGGGAAGGUCCCAGGGAAGCAGGAAGAUGCUUGGAUCAUGAAUCGUCUCGUCAAACAGCUGACAGACAUGGGCUUCCCUAGGGAUCCAGCAGAGGAGGCUCUGAAGAGCAACAACAUGAACCUGGACCAGGCCAUGAGUGCCCUGCUAGAGAAGAAGACGGAGCUGGACAAGCGGGGGAUGGGGAUAGCCGGCCACGACUACAACAACGGGCUCAUCAACAAGCCCAUGAGCUGCCCUCGGCCUCCGCUUCUUUCCAAAGACCCCUCAGCAGACCCCCGCUUGCCCUUCAUGGAUAAGCAGAUGCAGAGUGGAAUGUUUGGCGGUGGUGGAGCAGCACAAGCCCGGGCCAUGCAGCAGCAGCAGCCGCCUCCUCAGCCGCCAGUGCCACCUCUCAGCUCCUCUCAGCCUAGUCUACGUGCUCAAGUGCCUCAGUUUCUCUCCCCUCAGGUUCAAGCACAGCUCUUACAGUUUGCAGCAAAAAACAUUGGUCUGAAUCCUGCACUUUUAACCUCACCAAUAAACCCUCAACAUAUGACCCUUCUGAAUCAACUUUAUCAGCUGCAACUGGCAUACCAGCGUUUACAAAUUCAGCAGCAGAUGUUGCAGGCGCAGCGCAACGUUUCUGGCCCCAUUCGACAACAAGAGCAGCAAGUUGCACGUACAAUCAAUAACAUGCAGCAGCAGAUCCAACAGCACCAGCGUCAGCUGGCCCAGGCCCUGCUGAUGAAGCAGCAGCAACAGCAGCCGCCCCCCUCUCACUCGGGCCUGCAUCCUGGUGGGGCCAAAUCCACCCUGGAUUCAUUUCCAGGUCACCCCCAGGCUCCAGGCCUCCCUGACCUGCAGACCAAAGAGCCGCAGUCAUCUCCCAACACCUACAGCCCCUAUUCUCUCUCUGGACUGAAUCCAAACAUGAAUGUAAACUGCAUGGAGGUGGGAAGUCUGUCUAUGAAGGAACCCCCUCAGCCCCAAUCACGGCUGUCACAGUGGACGCACCCAAACUCCAUCGAAAGUCUCUCUGGCAGCUCCUCUCCUUUAGAGCCCGGCCUGGGAAAGCAUGGUGCCAACUUGGGUCCCCCUGGUAAGCCUCCUCAGCUGGAGGACUCUUACAGUCCCUACAACCUGAUGUCCAGCUCAGAGUCUCCUACCAGCCCCCUGGUUCCUCCAGACAGCUGGGGACAGGGCAAGAGCAGCAGUGACAAGAUGGCCAACGGGACCAAUAUCAACUGGCCACCAGAGUUCUGCCCUGGUGUACCCUGGAAAGGCCUCCAGAAUAUCGACCCUGAGACUGACCCCAAUGUGACCCCCGGCAGUGUCCCCAGUGGGCCCACCAUCAACACCAAUAUCCAAGAUGUCAACCGCUACCUGCUGCGGGACAGGAGUGGAGGCUCCUCUCCCACUUCAUCUCAGAACGAGGCUCUGCCUCCCUCCACUGAUUGGCCAGUCAGUGCCUACACUAGCUCGUUCAGUCUGUCGUCCCCGGAGACGGACGAUGCAGGUAAACUGUCAGAGAUGAAAUCUACUUGGUCUCCAGGCCCCAUUUCUCACAGCCAGGCCUCCCUGUCCCACGAGCUGUGGAAGGUCCCCCAGGGCCCUCGGAGCAACACCACAGCCCCUUCCCGCCCCCCACCUGGCCUCACCAACACCAAGCCUUCCUCAACCUGGGGGGGCAACUCCCUGGGUCUGGCCCAAGGCUGGAGCAGUUCUUACACCACAGCAGGUACCACGUGGAGUACAGACAGCUCCACCAGGACCAGUAGCUGGCUGGUUCUGAGGAACCUCACUCCACAGAUUGACGGUUCGACACUGCGUACGCUGUGCAUGCAGCACGGCCCCCUCAUCACAUUCCACCUCAACCUGACACAGGGCAACGCUGUGGUGCGCUACAGCUCCAAGGAUGAAGCUGCCAAGGCACAGAAGUCCCUGCACAUGUGCGUGCUCGGGAACACCACCAUCCUGGCAGAGUUUGCCGGGGAGGAGGACGUGAACCGCUUCUUUGCACAGGGCCAGUCGCUCGGCGGAACGAACAGCUGGCAGGCCACUCCAGGCACCAAUCAGACAAGGAUGGGUGGGGCCGGGUCCGGAGCCUCUCAUCCCAUCGGUCACUCACCCCACUGGAACAACAACAACGGCAGUAGUAGCAGCAGUAGCAGUGGCCUGGGAGCAGGUGGAGCAAAGGCAAGUGGGGAGUUGCUCUGGGGUGGCGUGCAGCAGUAUUCUAGCCUGUGGGGACCCCCGAGUGGAGAGGAGGGACGGGUCAUGGGGAGUCCCACCCCAAUCAAUACGCUGCUGCCUGGGGACCUGCUGAGUGGUGAGUCCAUGUAGGACAGAAGAGCCCAGGCUAAACAAACACCAACAGGAGCAAAAACCUUUCAAAUCAAUGUGGCGAUAAUCAGUGUGGGUGCAACGGUGAAAAGGAGAGACGAGUGGAGGAUGAGGCUACAUCCUCGCUGCUCACCCUCGUCGACCUCCUCCACUCCUUUUUUUUGUUUUUAAUGACAUUUCAGCAGUUCUUUAGUGAAUCUCAGCGAGAGAUUUUGGUCACAGUGUUCAGCUUUUACUUUUUGGAGACACAGGAAGAAGUCUUUCAUUCAACAAAGAAAGAGAACUUUUUACAGAAAUGAACCUUUGAGAGCUCGCCGUGUGAAACAUGUACUUUAGUCAAACUGACACAAUGACGAGCUGCCAUCUUUAAACUUGCAUAAUCCCUCUCUGCCUUUUGAGGCAAUCAUACUGCACCUCAGAGAUCCAUGAAAAAGGCAUCAUUCCCAAAGUAAAAAAAAAAAACAAAAACCCUUCAAUCAGAGUGGUUGUCGAACUUUCAGCUGGUCCAGACUCGACAUUUGUUUCUCUCAGCACUAAUAUUAGCCUUAACCUCUUUCCUGCCCUGCUAUCCUCACUCACUCUGUACUUGGUGAAGAAGCAUACGGACACUUGCACACCCUUAUUUCUGAGCCAGUGAAACCUGAGUGGAGAGUACAUGCUGCUGCUGCUUACCAUAAGCAACCACAGCUCACAACUUCAGUGCAUUUUUGCAAGCAGAUUGAGUUCCUCAGUUCGCUCAAAGGGAAUGAUGCAAUUCUGUUCGCCUUGUUCAAGCCAUUUAUUUUUGUAGUGUUUUUGGUUUUUUUUCUUUUUCUUCUCGAACCAUUGCAAACAAAGCUAAAAAAAAAAAAAAAAAAAAAAAAAAAAGAAAUUCAAAUGUGUCUGUCAAUCUUACCCAGCGGGGGGAUAGUUCUGGGGGGUCGUGGCGUGUACAGUUACGGAUGUGACGGACGACAAAAUGAACCACUGCUAUUACUAUCGAACUGUAAAGACAAACACUUCAAUGCACCUCAACUCAUCUGCGGGCAACUCGCAGUUUGGUCUCAGUCUCUGACCCUCUCACUGAUGUAGUGGAAAACCUCAAGUCGUAAAUGUUUCCCAACGGUGUGUAGUCAACGACCCCACCCCACCCACCCACUCCACCCGCAAAACACCAUUUCAAGUGAUGUG